AUGGCAGCUGAACUGCUCCAGCCCUGUGGAAUGAAGCCGGUGCGUCUCGGCGAGGCUGCGGUUGAUCUUCUGGUCGAAGGCGCCCGUAAUGGCACUAAAGGGGCUCAAGACAAUGUGUGUGGAGCCACGGCCACACUACUGCUGAUGUUACUUUGCCUGCUGCUGGCCAUCAGACACCACCGGCCAGAGAAAUCUCAUAUGCCGGGUCCUUGUUUCUUCCUGGGUCUGGGUCCUCUUCUCUCUUACUGUCGGUUCAUCUGGUCUGGGAUCGGGACAGCCAGCAACUACUACAACAGCAAAUAUGGAGACAUUGUGCGGGUCUGGAUCAACGGUGAGGAAACUCUCAUCUUGAGCAGGCCAUCUGCUGUGCAUCAUGUGUUGAGGAGAUCUCUGUACACCUCACGCUUUGGGAGCAAACUAGGUCUGCAGUGUAUUGGGAUGCAUGAACAGGGCAUCAUAUUCAACUCAAAUGUGGUGCUCUGGAAAAAAAUCCGCACCUUUUAUGCUAAAGCUCUAACAGGUCCAGGGCUUCAGAGAACUUUGGAGAUUUGCACCACUUCCACAACCACACACCUGGAUGAUCUGUCUCACCUGACGGAUGCUCGGGGACAGGUGGACAUUCUCAACUUACUGCGUUGCAUUGUGGUGGACAUUUCCAACAGACUGUUUCUAGGAGUUCCUCUUAAUGAGUGUGAUCUGCUUCAGAAGAUUCAGAAAUAUUUUGACACCUGGCAGACAGUAUUAAUCAAACCCGAUGUGUACUUCAGACUGCACUGGCUGCACAAGAAGCACAAGAGAGAAGCUCAGGAGUUACAGGACGCCAUCACGGCUCUGAUCGAGCAGAAGAAAGUUCAGCUGACACAUGCAGAAAAACUCGACCAGCUCAACUUCACAGCAGAGUUGAUAUUCGCUCAGAACCACGGGGAGCUGAGCGCUGAGAACGUCAGGCAGUGUGUGUUGGAGAUGGUGAUCGCGGCUCCAGAUACUCUCUCCAUCAGUUUGUUCUUCAUGUUGCUGUUACUCAAACAGAAUCCAGACGUCGAGUUGAAGAUCCUGCAGGAAAUGGAAACUGUUUUAGCUGGUAGGAGCCUGCAGAACUCACAUCUGUCCAGGUUAAACAUUCUGGAGAGUUUUAUCAACGAGUCGCUCCGGUUCCACCCGGUCGUGGACUUCACCAUGCGGCGGGCGCUGGAUGAUGAUGUCAUCGAGGGCUACAAAGUGAAGAAAGGAACAAACAUCAUAUUAAACGUGGGUCGAAUGCACCGAUCUGAUUUCUUCCCCAAACCGAAUCAGUUCAGUCUUGACAACUUCCAGAAGAACGUGCCGAGUCGUUUCUUUCAGCCGUUCGGAUCAGGCCCGCGGUCAUGUGUGGGAAAGCACGUCGCUAUGGUGAUGAUGAAGUCCAUUCUUGUGACGCUGUUGUCUCGUUUCUCCGUGUGUCCUUUGAAGGGCUGUACUGUAGAAAGCAUCCCGCAAACCAACAACCUGUCGCAGCAGCCGGUGGAGGAGCCCUCAAGCCUCAGCGUGCAGCUCAUCCUGAGAAACACUCUCUGAUUCACCAUAUCAUAUGUGCUCUAGUACACUCAAUGGUAUAGAAGAACCAUUUUUAGUUCCCCAAAUAACCUUUCAGUUCUUAAAAGAGGCAUUAUUUUUCUUAGUUUGAAGAAGAAUUUAAAAAUCUUAAAGGGUUAGUUCACCCAAAAAUGAAAAUUCUGUCAUUUAUUACUCACC